UCGCUCAUAUACUUCCGGUGUCCUUCGCAAGCUCGCGCGGAAGCAGGACUACGAAAGGCAGGAUUAAAACCUGUGCGCGCACCUGCCUCGCGAAAACGUUUGCUAACUUGUUCCUAAACGCGCCAAGAAGACGAUCGAUGAUCCUGAGACAACGUGUGAUCGAUCGCCAAGAUAAAUAAAAUUCUUUCAGACUUUCCUCAACGUCCUACUACCGUCCUAUUCGCUAUUCUAUUAGACAUAUAGAUCAUGCUCCGGCAUGGCAGUAAAAUGUUUGGAAGGACCUUUCGUAUUUAGGCUCAACGAGAACGGCACAGGACCUCAUCUGCUCGUCCAGGUAUGCACGGAACGUGGAUGGAGGGAAUACGCGGUUGACAAUAAUGUAUUCAAAGAUCGAUGGAAUUUAUGGUGGCGGUCCGGUGGUUUUCCCUUGUCCCAUUACAAACCAUUAUUCCCUUGGCAGUUCGUUAAUCGAAUACCAAAAGGAAACUCGAUCUGCAGGAAGGACAAUCUCGUGCGUCAUUUAAAAUGCAUGAAAAAGGGCCAUGGUUCGAUUUACGACUUCAGUCCUGUAGGAUAUAAUUUGCCUUCGGAAUACACGAAACUAGCCGAAGAUUGUAGUCGUUACGAGAAGGAUGAUAGAGUGUGGAUUUGCAAGCCGGUCGGCCAAAGCCAAGGAAGAGGAAUAUUUCUUUUUCGAAAAUUAAGCGAUCUUUCGUACAACAAUUCCGCAAUUGUACAAAGAUACAUAGAAAAUCCUCUUCUUAUCGGUGGUUACAAAUUUGAUCUUCGUCUUUACGUCUGCGUACCUUCUUAUCGUCCUUUGACGAUAUAUCUUUACAAGGAAGGAAUAGCACGAUUUGCAACGGAGAAAUUUUCCUUGGAACGUUUGGACGAUCCUUUCCGCCAUUUAACUAAUUUCUCUUUGAACAAGCUAGGUCCAGGAUAUUCGGAAAAAAAAGAACGCAUUGGUGCUGGUUGCAAGUGGACUUUAAGACAACUCAGACGAUACUUUGAGCAAACUGGAUACUUUGAUUGGUUUCUCUGGCAAAGAAUAGCUUGUCUAGUGAGUUUAACGAUUAUUAGCCAAGCAGCUGGUAUACCGAGUUCGUCUAAUUGUUUCGAGUUCUUCGGCUUUGACGUGCUUAUCGAUGAAAAUUUAAAACCAUGGCUAUUGGAGGUAAACCUUAGUCCAGCUCUAAGCAACGAUUGCGAGAUCGAUUCGGAAGUGAAGAAACCAUUGUUACACGAUUUGUUCGAUCUGUUAGGCCUUCCAGUUUGCAAUACUGGACUAUCGUUGUUUAAAAUUUGGUCUUACGAACGAGUCAACGAAGAAAACGCGUCUUCCAAAUUAUCCACUAAUCGUUCGACGAAGAAAAAAUCUAAAUUUCAUCGCAACGGUGACACCAUUAUGAAUUUGUAUUCCGAAACAAGUUCUUCCUAUAAGGAAUCGUCUUCAGAAAUGUGUCCGACUUCUUGGUCUCGGUAUAAUCCUUUAAUGAUGGACAAAUGCAUUCGUCGUGAUUUCAAAGGAAAUAAUAUCAACGAUCACUCAUCGACUUCAAUAUGGGAUAAUGGUAAAGACUGGAAUGUUCCUUGCGUUAGAGAAGGUGGAUGGGUUCGCAUUUGUCCAUUAACAAGGUUCAAACAUUCCAAAACUGCUGAAUUUCCUCAACCGGAUGGAUCACGUUCCGUUGAUAGAGAAAUCAAAGACACGAUUCUUUAUAUAAACAAGUAUUUAAAAACUGCCAAAGAUAUUCAACGAGGAAACGAAAAACAAAGAGACGACCAAUACAAUACUCUUCUACAAGCUUCACUUGAUUUAAAUGCAGAAAUCUGGCUGCCAGAAAAGUAGAACGUAUUUAAAUAUUUCUCUUUAAACAUCGUAAAAAAAAAUAAAUAUUUUCUUUCGCACAUGGACAAAAACCCGUUUCAGUCCAAAGUUAAGGAGCAGUUAACUGCUUUUAUCGAUCUAAAUCCUCUCUUGCGUGUGUUCAUUUUAAAUUUAGAAAAUAAUGAGUAUACUAAAAUUAAAAAAUAUUCUAAUAUGUCUAUUUAAUUAUAACAAUCUCGAUCUAUCUUAUAACGCUAUUAAUUA